GGCCGGUGUGCCGGGCGCUGGCGCUGGACCAAAGCGCUUCCUCCUGCGCGCUCCUGGGAGCAUCCAGGGCCCUUUUCUGGUCACUGGAGCACAGCGGGUGAAGGGACUGCCCAGCAUUUCGCGGACCCCCCUUGUCUUUCCAUUUUUGCCGGUAUUUCUGUUUGGGAUGUGCCCCGGAGCAGGAGAGCGGCCGCCCAUCGCCUCCCGCCGCAGCCACCGGGGCCGGUUUUACACCGCAUCCUCCCGCAUCCAUCGCAGGCGCCUUUUGCAUCGCGCCUUUUCACUUUACGAAGUGACAGCAGUGUCGUUUUCAUGAGCGACACGGGGCCUGCAACGGGCUGCGCGGGUGGAUUGUGUAUAUUUUGGAGUGGGUAGGGAAUACUCUUCGUUUGGGAGGAGGAGAUUUUUCCUUUGGAGGAGAACGCCUGUCGUCCGUGGAUACGGCAGCAGAGAAGUGCAGGGCGUCUUCAGACAUGGAGAUGCUUCCAGACGCAGUUUCCCUACGCAGGACAUGGGGUGGGACAGCCGGGAGGAAGGAGGGACCCUUCCCGCCCUGGACGGCAGCGGAAUGCCCCUGAGCCCACCUUGUUAAAUUGGGUAAAGCUGAGACAGUGAAGGGUCAGGAUGGCCACCUCAGCCCUGGAGUACCAGCUGCAGAGUGCCCAGAAGAACCUGCUCUUCCUGCAGCGGGAGCACGCCAACACCCUGAAGGGGCUGCACGCGGAGCUGCGCCGGCUGCAGCAGCGCUGCACAGAUUUAACCUAUGAGCUGACUGUAAAGAGUUCAGACUCGUCAGACAGUGGCGCUUCACGAAGUGAUGACCUCAAAAGUAAGUGCAAGGAUCUUGAAGCUCAGCUGAAAAUCAAAGAGGCUGAAAAUAGUGAAUUGUUGAAAGAACUUGAACAAAAGAACGCAAUGAUAAUGGUGCUGGAAAAUACUAUUAAAGAAAGAGAAAAGAAGUAUUUGGAAGAGUUAAAAAUGAAAAGCCAUAAGCUCAAUAUGUUGUCCAGUGAACUGGAGCAGAGAGCGAGCACGAUUGCCUAUCUGACCUCUCAGCUGCAUGCGGCCAAGAAGAAGCUGCUGAGUAGCAGCGGGACUGCGGAGGGGACCCCGUCCGGCAGCCCCGUGCUGUCCGGCUACAAACCGUCCCCUCCCAAGGACAAACUGCCCGAGACGCCGCGGCGCCGCAUGAAGAAGAGCCUGUCCACCCCGCUGAACCCCGAGUUCGAAGAGGCCUACAGAAUAGGCUCGGAGAGCCGCAAGCUGGUGCUGCGGGAGCCCGUGGAUGCCAUGCCCGAUCCCACGCCCUUCCUGCUGGCCAGGGAAACGGCCGAGGUGCAUCUGAUCAAGGAGAGGCCGCUGGUGAUCCCGCCCAUCCCCUCGGAUCGCGCGCCCGGCGAGUCGCAGAGCCCCGGCCGCGAGAAGCCGCACAAGGCGCACGUGGGGGUGGCUCACCGCAUCCACCACGCCGCGCCCGCCCCGCCGCAGGACGUGGAGACCCUGGCCGUGGAUCAGGUGCACGGGAGCAAAGUGGUCAGAAAGCACUCGGGGACAGACAGAACUGUCUGAGCACACCACGGAAGCGCUGUUCUGUGCUGGUUAUGCACUGUGAGCCUGUAGGGUAAAUAGCACCUGCGGUGAAGUUUCUUUUGAUGCCCCAUGCAUGCCAAACUCCUCCCGGGUACAUCAUUAAUACAUUUUGCUCUAACGAAACCUCCUAGGACUGUGUUCAUAUGGCAAGGUAUAUAACCACUCCAUGCUGUGGCCAAAUCAGGGGGACCUGACCGCUUGCUUCCAAGUGCUGCUCCGUUUAGUGUGACUGCACGUGUGGGCAAAGGCACGGGGCUGUGUCAGUGAGUGCUGAGAGAACACCCCUCCCUCACACUGCAGCACACGUGUUGGCUGCCAACAUUUGGCCUGGCAGGGCUUCUCUUGUCUCCAGGUGUGUGUGAGCACUCCAGAGCCAUCGCUG